AUGAAGGCGGUCGGGGAGAUGGACGACCUCCGCAGAGACGUGGCGUCUGCGAAUCAGGAGCGCGCCGCUUGGAAGCUACGAGACGAUGGCCUUUCGCUAACGAUUUCAAGGCUCGAGGGCCGCUGCGAAGCGCUCGAGAGAAGUGUCCGCGCAGAGUCGGAAGCGGCGAAGGCAGAGGUUGGGCGGACGAAGGCUGCGGAAGCACGGUUCGCCAGGCUUCUCGAGUGGGCGAGGGAAGAGGAAAAGCACCGGGUGCAGGCGGAGGAGGUCCUAGGGAGGGCGUGUGAGUCUGGACGAGCUCUGGAGGCUAGAGGCAAGGUCCUAGAGAAAGAGGCGCACGAGAGCAAGCGGCAGCUGGACGAACGUCGGCUUAAGAUGGAGGGCGCAUUGGAGGAUCUCCGCAGACGUACUGCAGAGAACGAAAGGCUCGAGGCGCAGGCGAAGACCGUAGGGGGACAAGUGGAUGCGCUCCGAGAAUUGGCAGACGCACGAGGGCUGGAGGUCAAAGAAAUGCGGGAGAAACUCGCAAGGCUUGUGCGGGAGGCCAAGCGCAUGUCACAAGAAAACGUAGAUCUUCGCAAGCACAUGAGCUCAGAACAGGAGCGCUGGCGUGCGGCAGAGCGAUCGAGAGCUAAACAGGACGAGCGGCGACGGAUCGAAUUGGACCAGAAAUGUGAUGAUUUGCACGCGCUUCGAUACAGGGUGCAAGAGCUGGAGGCGAGGCUCUCGAGAGAAACGGCGCGGCGACAUGGAGCUGAGGAGGAUGCAAGGCGUAGUCAGGAGAUGGAGCGGAGAAGGUACACGUUGACGCCAACCCUUUACACACGCUUGUGA